UACGCAAUUCUCUCUCUCCAUUUUCCUCUCUCUCUCUCUCCAAAACUCUAAUUCCUUACUCACAGAGAUUCUACUUUCUACAUGGGAUCAUCGCCGGAGUCCACUGACGCUGAUCUCCCGCUUCUGCAUUCUUGAUUUUCUUGCACUUUCUCUCUUGCCAAGCAGGUCUUGUCCUACUUUUCUCUUCAAUUCUCUGUGAGAUUCCGCUAUGGCUGCAGCGAGAACUUUUAUGUGAAGGCGAAGAACUCGUCUCUGUGUAUAAGGCUAGGGUUUCUGGUUUGCUGUGAAGCUGAGAAGCUGAGAUGGAGAGCUAUUUGAACGAGAACUUUUAUGUGAAGGCGAAGAACUCGUCGGAGGAGGCGUUUCAGAUAUGGAGGAAGCCGUGUGGACUUGUCAAGAAUCGGAAACGGAGGUUCAGAUUCACUGCUAACCUCCCCAAGCGUUUUGAAGCUGAGGCCAUUCGACGAACCAAUCAGGGUAAGUUUAGAGUUGCAGAUUUGGUUUCACAAACGCUUCAGUUUAUCCAAGCGUGUGCAGGCUUAAGUGUGCACAGUGAUUAUACAGUACCUGAGGAAGUCAAAGCUGCGGGUUUUCAAAUUUGUGCUGAUGAGGUGCAAUGGAUUGUUGAAGGCCGUGAUGUGCAAUACUUGAAAAGUCAUGGUGGUGUGGAGACUAUCAUAGACAAGCUUGGAACAUCCAGUAUCAAUGGAAUUUCUACUUCUGAGAAAUUGCUUAAUAAGAGAAAAGAAAUAUAUGGGGUUAAUAAAUUCGUUGAAAAACCAUGCAGUGGAUUUCUUGUUUAUGUGUGGGAAGCCCUUCAGGACACUACCCUCAUGAUACUUGCAUUUUGUGCCUUUGUAUCUCUGCUGGUUGGGAUAAUGACAGAAGGUUGGCCAAAGGGUGCCCAUGAUGGACUUGGAAUUGUUGCUAGCAUUUUGCUUGUUGUAUUUGUCACUGCAACUAGUGAUUAUAAACAAUCCCUGCAGUUCAAGGAUUUGGAGAAGGAGAAGAAAAAAAUUACAGUUCAGGUUACUAGAGAUGGAUUCAGACAGAAGUUGUCCAUUUACGAUCUACUUCCUGGUGACAUUGUUCAUCUUUCUAUUGGAGAUGUGGUCCCAGCUGAUGGACUUUUUGUUUCGGAGUUUCCUGUGCUGAUAAAUGAAUCCAGUUUAACAGGAGAGAGUGAACCAGUUAAGGUCAACUCUACGAAUCCUUUUCUCCUCUGUGGAACUAAAGUUCAGGAUGGAUCAUGCAAGAUGCUUGUAACUACUGUUGGAAUGAGAACCCAGUGGGGUAAACUGAUGGUUACUCUUAGUGAAGGGGGAGAUGAUGAAACCCCCUUGCAGGUCAAACUAAAUGGUGUGGCAACCAUCAUUGGGAAAAUAGGCCUGUUUUUUGCUGUUGUGACAUUUUCUGUAUUGGUUCAAGGAUUGUUCAGCCGCAAUCUUCAACAAGGAUCCCACUUGAUCUGGUCUGGAGAUGAAGCAUUGGAAAUCUUGGAAUAUUUUUCUAUAGCUGUUACAAUUGUUGUUGUUGCUGUUCCAGAGGGUUUGCCUUUGGCUGUGACAUUGAGUCUUGCUUUUGCCAUGAAGAAGAUGAUGAACGAUAAGGCACUAGUCAGGCAUCUGGCUGCUUGUGACAUGGGAUCAGCCACAACUAUCUGCAGUGACAAGACCGGGACACUAACGACGAGCCACAUGACUGUUGUGAAAGCUUGCAUUUAUGGUAAAAUCAGAGAUGUGGGAACCUCCGAGGAAGCUACUAACUUUGCUUCUAUAGUUCCUGAAUCUGGUUGGAGGCUUGCGCUGCAAUCUUUUUUGAGCAUCUUUUGUGGUAAAAUCAGAGAUGUGGGAACCUCCGAGGAAUUUCCUGAAUCUGGUUUGAGGCUUAUGCUGCAAUCUAUUUUUAACAACACUGGAGGAGAAGUUGUUAAAAACAAAGAUGGCAAGACCGAGUUACUUGGAACACCCACUGAGACUGCUAUUUUGGAAUUUGGGAUGUUGCUAGGCGGUGAUUUCAAGGCAGAAAGGGAGGCAACAAAAGUUGUUAAAGUUGAGCCCUUCAAUUCUCAUGAAAAGCGAAUGGGUGUUGUUGUAGAGCUUCCUAAAGGUGGCUUCCGGGUGCACACUAAAGGUGCUUCUGAGAUAAUAUUAGCUGCAUGCGACAAAAUCAUGUGUCCAGAUGGCAAGGUUGUUCCCCUCGAUAAAGCAUCCAUUAAUUUUUUGAAUGGCAUCAUUGAACGUUUUGCUAGUGAAGCCCUUAGAACUCUCUGCCUUGCAUACAUGGAGGUCGGCAAAUUCUCAGCUGAAAGUCCUAUUCCCACCUCAGGGUACACAUUUAUAGGCAUUGUGGGUAUCAAAGAUCCAGUUCGUCCUGGUGUCAAGGAGUCUGUUGCAAUUUGUAGGUCUGCUGGUAUUACAGUCAGAAUGAUUACUGGAGACGACAUAAACACUGCAAAAGCAAUUGCAAGAGAGUGUGGAAUUUUGACCGAUGGAGGUUUGGCAAUUGAAGGCCCAGUGUUUCGUGAGAAGAGUGAGGAGGAAUUACAAAAAAUUAUUCCAAACCUUCAGGUUAUGGCUCGUUCUUCACCAAUGGAUAAGCAUACCCUUGUAAGACACUUAAGGACCACUUUUCAAGAAGUUGUUGCUGUGACUGGUGAUGGUACAAACGAUGCUCCAGCACUUCAUGAAGCUGAUAUAGGACUUGCAAUGGGCACUGCUGGUACUGAGGUGGCAAAGAAAAGUGCUGACGUGAUAAUUCUGGAUGAUAACUUUUCUACAAUUGUGACUGUGGCCAAAUGGGGACGUUCAGUGUACUUGAACAUCCAGAAAUUUGUUCAGUUCCAGUUAACAGUUAAUGUGGUUGCGCUUAUUGUCAGCUUCUCUUCCGCCUGUUUAACUGGAAAUACUCCCCUUACUGCUGUUCAGCUUCUCUGGGUCAACAUGAUCAUGGACACUCUAGGAGCCCUUGCAUUCGCCACCGAGCCACCUAAUGACGAUUUAAUGAAGAGAGCACCGGUUGGCAGGAAAGGAAACUUCAUCACUAAUGUGAUGUGGAGAAAUAUCCUAGGGCAGUCUCUGUAUCAGUUCGUGAUAAUAUGGUUUCUACAGACCAGAGGAAAAGAAGCUUUUCAGCUCGUUGGCCCAGACUCGGAUUUGAUCUUGACCACCCUUAUCUUCAACUCAUUUGUGUUUUGUCAGGUUUUCAAUGAGAUCAGCUCGAGGGAAAUGGAGAAGGUUAACGUCUUCAAAGGCAUAAUGCAGAACUACGUUUUCAUGACUGUCCUCUCUGCCACUGUUAUCUUUCAAAUCAUAAUCAUCGAGUUCUUGGGUACAUUUGCGAGCACACAUCCUCUAAGUUGGAAGCAAUGGUUUGCCAGCGUUGCACUUGGGUUCCUUGGCAUGCCGGUUUCAGCAGUUCUGAAAUUCAUCCCUGUGUAACAAGUAGACUGAAAUCAACCGGAACUUGAACAGGUACUUCUCCACUUGCCUACCGAUGGAUGUUUUGUUAUGGCAUCAUUUCAAAUAUCAUUCUUUUGACUCCGUAAACUCUGAAAAGCUCACAAAUUCAAGGCUAAAUGAUAAACUCUCCCGCUUACAAAAUGAUAGUUUUGGUAAACAUGAAUGCGUAGGACGUAUUCUACCUGUUCGAACGUCUAACCAGUUGUACUUUUACAAGGAUUUAGUUUAUGCUAACAGGUUUACUGUUUUGCUUAAUCGUGCUGUUCUUUCCUUAAUGUUGAUCCUUCUCUUGUAAUUGUUCGUGUUAUUGUCGAUAAUUAAACCACCGAUUGAUGCA